UCCUAAAGUUUCAUGUUUGUCUUCUUAACGAAAACAAAGUGCGAAAAAUCUCAGAAUUACCGAUGAAAUCUGACCGGAAUGAUCGCCGGAUUCUGACGUUUCCAGCCGUGCAUCCGUGCGAGGGGAUUUCUGCGGCGACGCUUCUCGGCUCACUCAUCGCCCUGUCUCGAAACAUAUGCAGCUUCAAAUCCAAAUUCUUCCCCACACAGAGGAGGAAUGCCCGGGAAACCAUCAGGCAAAUCGGAAUCCUCUUGAUUUUCUUCGAGGAAAUUCGCGAUCAUUUCCCCGGAAUCUCAGAGUCCAUAGUCCUCUGCCUCUCAGAGCUGCACAUAACGUUCCAGAAUAUUCACUUCUUAUUGGAAGAUUGCACCAGAGAAGGCGCGAAGUUGUGGAUUCUAAUGAAGGCGCUUUCGGUUGCUACCCAAUUCCGGGUUCUGAUUAGGUCCGUAGCAACUGCUCUCGAUGUUCUUCCAUUGCAGUCCAUUGGGGUUUCCGGCGAAAUCAAGGAGCUAGUUCUGAUGGUAGCUAAUCAGGCACAGAGGGGGAGAAUGGAGCUGGAUUCUGAUGACGAGAAGGCCAUGAAAUGGGUGAUUUUGAUAUUGAAUCAGUUCGAGAAUAGAUUGGAGCCGGAUCCUUUGCUCAUCAGGAAAGUUCUAGAUUAUAUUGGUGUUACGAAUUGGGGAGAAUGUAAUAAGGAGAUUAAAUUGUUGGAGGAAGAGAUCAGUGUGGAAUGCUCAGAGAAUCAUGGAAGAGAAGUGCCGUUGCUUAGCAGCUUAGUAGGGUUUAUGAGCUAUUGCAGGGGAGCUCUGUUUCUGGACAGUUGCUAUGGCAGAAACAUUGAUGAUCAAUCGGAAGGGAUGAACAGUACGGAGACGGUGAGUUGUCUAAAUCCAGAGGAUUUCCGGUGUCCGAUCUCGCUGGAACUCAUGACUGAUCCGGUGACGGUGUCCACCGGACAGACGUACGAUCGCGCUUCGAUUCAGAAAUGGCUCAGUUCCGGCAACCUCCUGUGCCCUAAAACAGGGAAGACAUUGACAAGCACCGAAUUAAUCCCUAAUUCAUCUCUCCGGAAGCUCAUCCAACAGUUCUGCUCCGACAACGGCAUCUCCCUAUCGAAAUCCCGGAAAACGAGCUGUGAUAUAUCGAGAACGAUCGUCCCCGGAAGUCCAGCCGCGGCUGAAGCCAUCAAGUUCCUCUCGGAAUUCCUAGCUCGCCGCCUCCGUUCCGGCUCCGACGAGCAGAGAAACAAGGCGGCUUACGAAAUCCGUUUGCUGGCGAAAUCAAACAUUUACAACCGUUGUUGCCUGAUUAACGCCGGAGCCAUCCCGCCCCUCCUGCACCUCCUCAGCUCCGCCGAUCCAUCCACACAGGAAAACGCAAUUUCUGCUCUUCUGAAGCUCUCCAAACACACAAACGGCAAGACAACGAUCGUUGAACACGGCGGCGUAAACCCUAUCGUUGAAGUCCUUAAAAAUGGAGCGAAACUGGAAGCCAAGCAAAUUGCGGCGGCGAUAAUCUUCUACCUCUCCUCAACCAGGGAACACCGCAAACAGAUCGGAGACACUCCGGGGCUAAUCGAAGCCCUAAUCGAACUCAUGAAAAUCGGAACACCGUGCGGGAAAAAGAACGCCAUUGUCGCAAUCUUCGCCCUGGUUCUUAACCACCGAACCAACCACCAAAAAAUACUCUCAACUAACGCGAUCGAGAUUCUAGUUAACCUCCUAUCUUCUCCCCAGAAAGAAGACCUCACAACAGACGCUCUAGCCGUUCUAGCCACAUUAGCAGACACCAAGCAAGGAUCAACGGCGGCGCUCCAGGCCUCCGCACUGCCGGUAAUCUCCACCAAAUUGCAGACCGUCAGUUCUCGUCCUGGGAAAGAAUACUGCGUCUCCAUCUUGCUGUCUCUGUGCACCCAUUGCGGCGGCGACGUGACGGCGGUUCUGGCCAGGGACCAGUCCCUAAUGCCCAGGCUCUACCCACUGGUGUCGGAGGGAACCGCUCAGGCGAGGAAGAAAGCGAGAUUGCUCAUUCGGAUUCUUCACAAGUUUUGCGAAAGUAGCUCUUCCACACUGCCCAGAGAAAUCGCACAGGAACAGUUCAUUGGAGUACGCUGAAAAUCUCAAUGAAGGAAUUCAUUCUUUUUCGGAUCAGUGUAUAUACUUUUGAAUUUUGAUUACAGAUUACACGAAGUUGUGAUGUUUAGCUCUAUAUCUUUUUUUGAAAUGAGCUAAACCAUAUAGGGAAAAAUAAUACUUGUAACAAAUUUUUUUGUUUGAUUUGUCA